AUGAGGGAAGUGUAUUUAUCAAAUUGUGAAAAGGUCUUUUUACAAAAAGUCAUAUCCGAGGGUCAUCGUUUAGAUGGAAGAAAUUAUAAUGAAAGUCGAAAACUCGAAAUUGCGUUCGGCUCUGAGUAUGGGAGUUGCAUAGUUUCUCUAGGUGAAACAAAAGUGCUAGCUCAAGUGUCUUGUGAAGUAGUACAACCAAAACAAAUUAGACCCAAUGAAGGAAUCCUAUAUAUUAAUGUUGAAAUAAGUCCGAUGGCAGCACCUCAGUUUGAAGCAAAUCGCCAAACGGAUCUGACUGUUUAUUUGAACAGGCUUUUAGAAAAAUGUUAUAAGGAUUCAAAAUGCAUAGACCUUGAAUCAUUAUGUAUUGUUGUUGAAGAAAAGGUAUGGUCAUUAAGGGUGGAUAUUAAAGUAUUAAACCAUGAAGGAAAUCUUAUUGAAUGUGCUAGUAUUGCUACAUUGGCCUCUUUAGCUCAUUUUAAACGACCUGAUGUUACUAGAAGUGGUGACAAAGUAAUAAUACAUACAUUAAUUGAAAAGGAUCCUAUCCCAACUGUACUCUAUCAUUAUCCAGUUUGUAUAGCAUUUGCUAUAUUCAGUAAUGAUAUACUUGUAUCAGACCCUAGUUUUAUAGAAGAAUCAGUAUGUACAAGUAGCUCAGAAGAAGGUGGCAACAAAGGGGGCAUUCUUGUAGUUGGAAUGAAUCAAUACAAGGAGUUGUGCUUGCUGGAUUUAAUGGGGGCUGCCAUCUAUAAUUCUAACAUUGUACACAAAGCCUUGAUAAAUGCAGCAGAUAGAUGCAAGGAAAUUGUUGAUUUAGUAAAGAAAACUAUUGUCGACGAUGAUACUUCAAGACAAAAAAGGGUAAAGAAAAACUUUUCUGAUAUAAUAACUACGGAGCAUAUGUUGUCUUUAAGUAAGAGAGAUUUAAGUAUUUGUCUUAAAAAUUAUAAUGUGGAUGACAUUGAAAUGUCUCAAGAUGAGGAAAUGGAGGAUGAUGAAGACCAAAAACCAGAACCAAGUAAAUACGAUGUUGUGCCAUCACUACCUCAGACUGCAGAAAUCAUAGCACAAAAAGGAGCCUCAUCAUGGAUAGAAAUUUCAUCAGGGUCAGAGGAAGAUUGA